CUCUAACAUGGAUAUAAUAAUACCUACCGCAGGAGCUGAUUGCUGUGGUUAAGUGAGAUAGAUUUGUAAGGUACUUAGCACACAGGGAAUGUUCACAAAGAACGGUGGCUCCCCUCCGCCACCUCUUUUCUUCAAGGACUUAGGUGUCUCCUUCCUUUUGUGAGUAAACUCAGCAGUAGAGUGGGGCAUUUGACUUGUGGUUGCCAAAGCUCAUACCAUGGACUUAACCGGAAAGCUCCCACUUCCACAUCGGCCCUGGUGCCCUUAGGCCCAGUGCCUUUUUCAGCCCCCCAUUAGGGUUUUGAGAGUUCAGCUUUCUACUGCGGGCUGGGCGAAGACAGACUAGAAACCAAAUUUGGAAUGACCUGUGCAGAGCAGAAAGCAGCGUCUCAGUCCUCACCAGAAAGGAAGGCUUGGUUCUCAAUGUCUGAUUCCUGUUAGGCCUCUGAGACUGGACGUUACCCCAAACCUGACGCACCGGUCAUCAGAAAUCCCCCAUAACCGCUUUGGACUUUCUGUAUUUGGCUGAAUGCUGUCUUGCACCCCAGGAGCAUGCCGGUGGGCAACACCCGGAGCUGAGAGGACACCUCGCCUGCCCUGGGCCCAGGGCUGAGCGGAGUGCAGGGCUCACGCGUCCUGUCCCCACAGAUGGCAGGCACUGUGCUCGGGGUGGGCACCGGCGUGUUCGUCUUAGCUCUGCUCUGGGUGCUGGCGCUGCUGCUGUGUGCACUGCUGUCCCGAGCCUCCGGUGCAGCCAGGUACUCGGUCAUCUUUGUGUUCCUCGGUGCCCUGCUCAUCACAGCAGUUCUGCUGCUCCUCCCCCGAGCCAGUGAAAUCCCAGCCCCAGAGGCCGAAAUGAAGAUCGUGGAUGCCUUUUUCAUCGGUCGCUAUGUCCUGCUGGCUUUCCUCAGUGCUGUCUUCCUCGGAGGUCUCUUCUUGGUUCUAACUCAUCACAUCCUGGAGCCAAUCUAUGCCAAACCACUGAGGUCCUACUGAGCGCUACUCGAGGAAAGGAAACCGAGGCCCGUCCUCUCCCUCGCUUGGAUGCUGAGCCAGCCCAGUGACUUCUAACAGCACAGGCUGCCACUUGUCACCUUCUCCUGAGAGACUUGCUGAAAAAGCAGAUCUGGGGCAACUCUUAUAGGCUUCCAACCAUGAGUCCAUCUUUUUUGUUCCCCAACAAAGGGGCCCAACUGUUAGAUCGAUGGAUAAUGGCUACGGAGUUUGGGGUGACUACUUAGGUGGAGAAAACUGCAUUAAGGUUGGAAAUGAAAUUCCUUCCCAAACACCACUGCUGUCCGAUGGUGGUGGUGGUUUUCACAGAUGUUAAUAACAGGCUUGUGUGUUAAGGGCAAAAGUCAUACUUUUUAGCUCAGCCUGCCUUCUACAGAUCUUGUCCGUAACGCGCAGCCAUAGUGAAAUGAAUGAUAGAUUGCUUCCCGCCUUCCUGCUCAAAGCAGUCAUAUUCAGCCCCCCCAAAACCACACAGGGUUGGGAUAAGAUACAAAAGGCUGAGAGGGCACCAGAUGAGUUUCACUGAGAGUCCUACAUGGGGCAUCCCUGUGGCCAGUGUCUGAUGUGGCACCUCUUGUGCACAUGGCCUUCCUGGAGGGCGUCCCUUAGAUAGAAGCAGAAAUCAUCUUAGUGUCCCCCGCUUGUCAUUUUUUCACCAGUGACCGUAGAACAGGUGGUGCUCUACUGUUCCCUUCACAGACAGAUCUGGUAGCAAAGAGACUGGGGUGAUCCCUACUGUUCGGAAGGUGGAGAGGGAGAGUCGAUCAGGGCUUCUGUAUAAGGAAACGGGCUACAUUUCAUAGCCUUUUAAAAUUGUAUCCUGACAAAAGCUAAAUUAGCAGGACACCACCCUCUCCCCACAGCACAGGCCGCUGUCCUAUCCACUAGGUGGCGCUGUGUGUUAUGUUUUAGAAGGCCCUCAAGCCAGCAAAACACACUCAGGUAAUUUUAUGACAAGUCCCUUACAAUUUUAUGACAAGUUUCUUAUAAAGAUGAAAGUAAAAACUAACAUUCUCUACUGACGCGUGCUUUCGGAUGGUUAAUAAAAAAAAUCAUCAAAAUUA